AUGCACACCCCUCAGCGCCAUCACCAUGAUAAACGAGUCGUCGACGAGGCCCUCUGGGCGCUUGGGUGCCCGGCCUGCGCGGACCUGGUCGCGGGCGGCGCCGCCGUCCGGAAACUCAACGAUGCGUCGCCCAUGGCGCAGCCCGGCACCGCCGUCACCGUCAUCACGUCCAGGGUGGACGAGAUUGUGACGCCCCCCGCCGCUUCCUUCGUUGACGAGACGGGCGUGAACAACAUCUACGUCCAGGACUGCUGCGGUUUCGACCCCGUCAGCCACGUCGGCGAGGCGGACGACCUGAAUGUGCGGAACUUGGUGCUGAAUUCCUUGGAGAAACCUGUGUACUUGGGUUGCUUGUCUCUGGCAACCAACCUCGUUACCCGUCGCCAACAACCAGCCAGUCUAUACUCAAACAAGCCCGCCAGCCAUGACCAUCUCCCGGGAUCGCCGAACUUGUUGCUUGAGCUUUCUCAUCUCCGCUCGCCUUCGUCUGGCGUGCUGCUCAUCAUCUUCCCCAGGCCGAGAAGCAGUCAGAGUCUCCAGUGCCAUCAGGUCAGCGAGAAAGCGGCGAAUUCGAAGUCCAGUUUUGUUGCGUACAAAGGCGUCAAUCUCUUCAUUGCACGCCGCGGAAGCCGCAACAUGCAAGCCUCGAAGAACAUCGCGGUCCUCUAUUUCCCCGUCGUCAUAGUCAACCUCCACAGAGUCAGCGCUGCCUUGAAUCGAUGA